AUGGGCCACACCAGCUUGGAAAUGGGGACCAUCUUUCUUAUGCAGACUGGAGCAGGCAUCCUGGGAAACUCCUUUCUCCUUUUUCUUUAUACCUUCACUUUGCUCACUGGAAAAAAGAAAAGACCCUCAGACCUGAUUCUCAACCAGCUGGUCUUAGCCAAUAAUUUGGCUCUUUUCUCCAGAGGAAUUCCUCAUACAAUGGCAGCUUUUGGAUUGAAAUAUUUCCUGGAUGAUGCUGGAUGUAAAGUUGUUUUAUACUUUCACAGAGUGUCCAGAGGGAUUUCUCUCAGCACUACCUGCCUUCUGGGUGGCUACCAGGCUAUAAAGCUUUCCCCCAGAACCUUUUGGUGGAUGGAGUUCAGAAACAGAACUCCAAAAUGCAUUGGUUUCUGUAGUUUCCUCUUCUGGAUCCUACAACUCUUAGUAAAUGUCUAUAUUCCUGUGAGAGUGAUUAGCCCAAGAAGCAGCAAAAAUGUAACGGUACAAAUAAACUAUGGAUACUGUUUCUUAUUUAAACCAAACAGAUUUAUGAGCUUAUUCCAUGCAGUCAUAUUCUCAUUCAUUGAUAUCAUGUGUUUGGGUUUCAUGGUCUGUGCCAGUAGCUCCAUGAUUUUUAUCCUAAGAAGGCACAAGCAGCAAGUCCAACACAUUCACAGCCACAGACUCUCCUCCAGACCUUUUCACGAGGCCAGAGCCACACACACCAUCCUGAUCCUGGUGAGCAUGUUUGUCUCCUGUUAUUGUCUCUCUGCCAUUUUGAUUCUUUGUGUUACUCUAAUUGCAAAUCCAAGACGGUGGCUGCUGGACACCUCUGUGCUGGUAACUUCAUGUUUCCCAGUAUUCAGCCCCUUUGUACUAAUCAGCAGUGACAGCCGUGUCUCUCAGGUUUGCUCUGUAUUCUGCCCCAGAAAAAAAGUGCUUUUUUUCAAAUAUGGUUAA